AGUUUCUCAAAGUCACUUUUGCACGGAGAAAGUACAGAAGCAGGAGCAGCAGCAGCGCUGGAGUGAAAAUGAAUGGCCGCUGGUGUGUCCUGGUGCUCCUGCCGUUGCUAUGGCGAUGCGGAGGCGCUCAGCAGAGAGGUUUGUUCCCGGCUGUGCUGAACUUGGCAUCCAUGGCUAAAAUCACCACUAACGCCACGUGUGGAGAGAAGAAACCGGAAAUGUUCUGUAAACUGGUGGAGCACGUCCCGGGACAGCCGGUCCGAAACCCGCAGUGCCGAGUGUGCAACCUGCAGAGUGACAGACCAUACGAGCGGCACCCCAUCGAUUACGCCAUCGACGGAACCAACAAGUGGUGGCAGAGUCCCAGCAUAAAGAACGGAAUGGAGUACCACUAUGUCACCGUCACACUGGACCUUCAGCAGGUGUUCCAGAUAGCGUAUGUCAUUUUGAAAGCUGCUAACUCCCCACGGCCAGGGAACUGGGUUCUGGAGCGCUCUCUGGAUGGCGAGAACUUCAUGCCGUGGCAGUAUUACGCCAUCACUGACACUGAGUGCAUCACUCGCUUCAACCUCGUCCCCAGAACCGGCACCCCAGCAUACAUACGUGACGAUGAGGUCAUCUGCACCUCCUUCUACUCAAGGAUCCACCCACUGGAGAACGGAGAGAUCCACACCUCUCUAAUAAACGGCCGCCCCAGCGCUGAAGAUCCAUCUCAGACGCUCCUCAACUUCACCACCGCGCGCUACAUCCGCCUCAGGUUUCUACGGAUACGGACCCUGAAUGCUGACCUCAUGACCCUCGCCUUAAACGAUCCCCGGGACAUCGACCCCAUCGUCACCAGACGGUAUUAUUACUCCAUUAAGGACAUAUCAGUAGGCGGGAUGUGUAUCUGUUACGGCCACGCCAAAGCCUGUCCGCUCAACCAGAUCACCAAGAAACUGAGCUGUGAGUGUGAGCAUAACACAUGUGGAGAGAGCUGCGACCGCUGCUGCCCCGGCUACAACCAGAAACCCUGGAUGGCUGGAACCUUCCUAACACGCCACGUCUGUGAGAAGUGUAACUGUCACGGCAAAUCAGAGGAAUGUUACUACAAUCACACAGUGGCUGAUGGGAAACUGAGUUUGAACAUGAAGGGCAAAUAUGAAGGGGGCGGGGUCUGUAUCGGCUGCUCUGAAGACACCGCCGGCAUUAACUGCCAGUCAUGCGUUGACGGCUACUAUCGGCCGAGCGAGGUGAAUCCUGAGGACCCCUACCCCUGUAGACCGUGCUCCUGCGAUCCUAGAGGUUCUAUCUCAUCGGCAUGCGUACCUGAUGACACUCAGGCCAGUGCAGGGCUGUCCGUGGGCUGGUGCCGCUGUAAGCAGGGCUACGCAGGUGAGCGGUGCGACAGGUGUGCUUUAGGCUACACUGGAUUCCCUGAGUGCCAGCGCUGCAACUGCAGUGUGUUCGGCAGCAUUAAUGAGGACCCCUGCCAACUGCCCUGUGUGUGUAAGGAUAAUGUAGAGGGGGUAAACUGUGACCGCUGUAAGAUGGGAUUUUAUAAUCUCCAUGGAGACCAUGGUUUCCAAGGGUGCCAGAAGUGUUACUGUUCCGGAGUGUCCAGCCGCUGCAGGGAAUCGUCGUGGAGACGCAGUAACGUACGACGCUCACUAUGUUUGUGUGCAGGGAUGCGGGAAGAAAGACGCUCUGACCUGCAGCGCCGCCGUGUUUCUGUGUGUUUGCAGGUGUUGGCGUACGGAGGACGUUUAACCUACAGCGUCUCCUGCGACUCGGAGGACGCAGACGGACUGAAUGAAUUCACAGACAGCUCUGAUGUCGUAAUUGAGGGCGGCGGUCUGCGUCUGAUCAGCACCGAUGAGAUUCUGGACAAUGCGAGGCGGGUCCACCUGAAGCCCGGGAGUUUCCAGCACAUGAGCUCUGGCUGGCCGGUCAGUAAGAGAGAGUUCCUCACUGCCAUGGGGAAGCUGAGCCGCCUGCUCAUCAGAGCCUCCGGCUGCUGGGGAAACAGCACCAUCUACAGGCUGAGCUCCGUCUCUGUGGAAGUCGCCUCUGAAGACUCCAGCUCUGACGUUCAGGCCACUGCGGUGGAGGUGUGUGACUGUCCACACGGUUACAGCGGAACGUCCUGCGAGGUGUGUGCAGAGGGCUACAGAAGGGUUAAUGGGACUGUGCAUCAGGGAGUGUGUGAGCUGUGCCAGUGCCAUGGACACGCAACACACUGCGAUGAUGUCACCGGACAAUGCCUGGACUGUGAACACCACACCACAGGUCCACGCUGCGACAAAUGUGCUCCCGGUUAUUACGGCGACGCCACCAAAGGAUCAACCAGCGACUGCCAGCCGUGCGCCUGCCCCCUCCACGCUCCCUCAAACAACUUCAGUCCGACCUGCCACCAGGAUGCCCGCGGUCAGCUGAUCUGUGACCAGUGCCAGCCCGGAUAUGCCGGCCCGCGCUGCGACAGGUGUAGUAAUGGUUAUUUCGGUCACCCUGGUGUUUUCGGAGGUUCCUGCAGGCCAUGUGAGUGUAAUGGGAAUCUAGACCUCUCCGAUCCUCAGAGCUGUGACCCGGUAACAGGUGUGUGUCUGCGCUGCCGGGACGGAUACGGAGGACCGGCCUGCGACACCUGUGCAGAUGGUUACUAUGGAAACGCCAUCGUUGAGAGGAACUGCCAACGCUGCGAGUGUAACACUAACGGGUCAGUGUCCGAGGUGUGUAAUAAACAGAGUGGACAGUGUGAGUGUCAACAGAACGUCAUCGGCCGCCAGUGUGACGAGUGUAUGCCGAACUGCUGGUGGGACGCUGAGCGUCAGGUGUGCCGUGUGUGUGAGUGCAGCGCGCAGGGCAGCGUGUCUGCGCGGUGUGACGCGCUGGGCAGGUGUUUGUGUAGGCCGGGUUUCACCGGCCGCAGGUGCGACGUACAGGUGCAGAGGCUGGAGCGCAGAGAGAGCCGCAGGGUUCUGCAGCAGGUUCCCAUAAAGACCCUGCAGCAGUGGGACCGCAGGGGGGGCUGCCCCCGGGGGGCUUACCCCGCCCCCACACGGCCGGAGACGUACCUGCAGGCCGGCCGUGGCUGCGUACCCUGUCACUGUAACUCGUUUGGCUCCAAAUCGUUUGACUGCAGUGAGAGCGGUCAGUGCCGCUGUCAGCCCGGAGUCGCUGGACAGAAGUGUGACCGCUGCGCUCCGGGACACUUCAACUUCCAGGAGGGAGGAUGCACACCCUGUCAGUGUUCUCAUGUAGGGAAUAACUGUGACUCGACCACAGGACAAUGUAUUUGCCCCCCCAACACAGUCGGAGCAAGGUGUGACAGAUGUGCCCCCAACCACUGGGGGCACGACAUCACCACUGGCUGCAAGCCGUGUGGGUGUGAUGUGCUGGGCUCUGUCUCUCAGCAGUGUAAUAUAAACACGGGCUGCUGUAUGUGUCGGGAUCAGUUCAGUGGAGAGAAAUGCAACGAGUGCAAACAGGGCUUCCGCAAUUUCCCACAGUGCAUUUCCUGUGACUGCACGCUGGCCGGAUCCACCGCAGACACCUGUAACUCGGACACUGGUCUGUGUGCCUGUGCCGACCGGAACGGACAGUGCUCCUGCAAGGCUAAUGUGGAGGGUGUGCGGUGCGGCUCCUGUAAGGCCGGGACGUUUGGGCUCAGUGUCAGUAACCCUCUGGGCUGCAGCCACUGUUACUGCUUUGGUAUGAGCACCUCCUGCACUGAGGCUCAGGGGCUCAUACGCAUGAGGUUGACUCUGAUGCCCGAGCAGACAGUGCUCCCCCUGGUGGACAGGAACAAUGUGAAGGAGACCACAUUCGGGGUGACGUUCCAGCACCCUGAGAUCAUCGCCAAUGCCGACCUGGUCCGACAGAAGCUGACCGAACCUUACUACUGGAGACUGCCCAAACAGUUCAGAGGGUCCAUGAUCACUGCCUACGGUGGGAAACUGAAGUACGCCACUUACUUCGAGGCUCGUGAUGAAACAGGCCUUACCAUCUACGAGCCUCAGGUCAUCAUUAAGGGAGGCCCCAACAGGGACAAGAUCAUGGUCCGUCACAUGGGGGCGCUGCAGAUCGGCCAGCUGACCCGCCACGAGAUUGACAUGACAGAGCAUAACUGGAAGCACCAGGACAAGAGGCCGAUGACCCGCGAGGACUUUAUGGAUGUUCUCUUCUACGUCGAAUACGUUCUCAUCAGAGCUUCCCACGGCAACGUCAUGAGACACAGCAGGAUUUCGGAGAUUUCUCUGGAGGUGGCGGAGGAGGGCCGUCCCUCGGUGGAGAGCGAGAGAGCAUUCCAGAUUGAAAAAUGCGACUGUCCUCAGGGAUACUCUGGACUGUCCUGUGAGGAAUGUGCUGCAGGCUUCUACAGGCUGUCGGUGCGAGCAGGUGGUCCAGCGUCCAGAGCCGGCAUUGGCAGCUGUGUGAGGUGUCAGUGUAAUGGCCACAGCAGCACCUGCGACCCCGAGACCGCCGUCUGCCAGAACUGUCAGCACCACACAGAGGGGGAGAAGUGUGAGAGAUGUUCUCCAGGGUUCUACGGAGUUGUACGAGGGUCUCCAGACGACUGUAAACCCUGUGCCUGCCCUCUGACCAACCCAGAGAACAAUUUCAGUCCCACCUGUGUGGCGGAGGGCUUUGGUGAUUAUCGCUGUACUGCCUGUUCUGAAGGUUACGAGGGAAAAUACUGCGAAAGGUGUGCGGCUGGUUUCCAUGGUGACCCGCGGGCGGUGGGCGGACGGUGCGAGGAGUGUAAGUGUGAUGUGGUCGGCGCGUGGCCGGUUCCGUGUGACACACGCACGGGGCAGUGUCAGUGCAGACCGGGAGCGACUGGACUGAAGUGUGACCGCUGCAUGGAGAGGCAUGUGUGUGGACCUGCAGGCAUCGUGUCGUGUGAUGAUGACUGCGCCGGUCUCCUCAUUAGAGAUAUGGAUAAACUGUUGCGUUUGAUCAGCAGCGCCAAUCUCACUCUGCCUCUGCCUCCACCUUACAAAGUGCUCUACCGCUUCGAGAACAUGACCGAGGAACUCAAGCACAUGCUCUCACCACAGAGGGCGCCAGAGAGACUGUUGCAGCUCGCUGAUAGCAACCUGGGCAGCCUGGUCACUGAGAUGGACGAAUUACGGAGCAGGGCCACAAAAGUGGCAGCGGACGGAGAACAGACGGACGCCGACGCUGAGAGGAGCCGAAAAAGAGCUGAAGAGCUGGAGAUGUUCGUCAAGAACACCCUGCUAGCCGCUGAAGCUCUGAGGGAUAAAGCUCGUGAGCUGAAUGAGUCUCUAGGCCGGAGGGACGGAGAACCGGAGAAGAGCCUGAACGAAAUGCAGGAUGAGAUUAAAGCCAUGCUGAACGAGCUCCGCAAACGCCAACUCAACCCUCACAAGCACAGCGCGCAGGAGGAGCUCAGGGCUGCGGAGGCUCUGUUUGCGAAGGUGAAGCGUUUGUUUGGAGACCCUCACCAGGCGACUCAGGAUCUGAGGGAGGAGGUGGGGGAGAAGUUGGGCGACUACAGGACCAAACUGGACGACGCUAAGCAGCUCCUGAACGAGGCUCAGAGCAAAACCAGACAGGCUGAGGCGCUGAUCCACAGCGGCCAGCACAGCCUGGACAACCUGCAGAGGAAGAGGGAUCAGUCCAAUAAAGGGAAGAAAGAAACGGAGGGAAUACUGGAGGCUGGAGAGAAGUUCCUGCAGGAGGCCAACGGGCAUUCGGACGACAUCAACCGGGGCGUCGAGGAGCUGGAGGAGAUGGAGCGUGAGCUGGGUCCACUGCAUGACCAGCUGGACUACAAAGUGGGGCGACUGGCGAAAGGUCUGGAGGACAACACCCUGCCUGAUUUACUGCUGAGAGCAGAGGACCACGCUGCUCAGCUCAACGACUCCGCCAACAUCCUCGACAACAUUCUGGCCGAGGCUAAGAAUCUCUCCUUCAACGCCACGGCUGCCUUCAGUGCCUACACCAACAUUAAGAACUUCAUUGAAGAAGCAGACAAAGCAGCCAAGGAGGCUAAAGCUACAGCUAUAGAGGCUGUACAACUGGCCGCGGGUCCUAAAGGUCCUCUCAAAGACAACGCCAGAAGCUCGGUGCAGAAAAGCCAGCGCCUGUGGAACGAGGCUAAGAAGCUGGAGAACGAUGUGAAAGAGAACGCAGACAAUCUGGGGGUUCUGCAGCUCCGGCUCAAAGGAGCAGACGCGAAGAACAAAGACCUGCUGAAGGGCCUGAAUGAAAGCUUGGAGAUCCUCCGCGCCAUCCCCAAUGACACGGCGGCUAAAAUCCAGGCUACGAAGCUGAAAGCGGGAGAGGCCAACGACACGGCGCUGGAGGUUCUGGCUCGACUCAAAGACAUGAACCUUAACCUGAUGGGUCUGAAGAGGAACUACAGCAAACUGGAAGACGACGUGAAAAAGGCCAACAACCUGAUCCAGGACCCCGAGAAAAACACGAUCAUCCACGCCGCGGGCGCUAAAGUGAGGGACCUGGAGGACGAGGCCGACCGCCUGCUGGAGAAACUGAAGCCCAUUCAGCAGCUGCAGGACAACCUGCGCAAGAACAUCUCUCAGAUCAAGGAGCUCAUCAACCAGGCCCGCAAACAGGCCAACUCUAUUAAAGUGUCCGUGUCGUCGGGUGGAGACUGCAUCCGCACCUACCGGCCGGACAUUAAGAAAGGCCGCUACAACACCAUCAUCCUCAACGUGAAGACCCUCGCCGCCGACAACCUCCUGUUCUACCUCGGUUCGGCCCAAUACGUGGAUUUCCUGGCAAUUGAGAUGAGAAAGGGUAAGGUCAACUUCCUGUGGGACGUGGGAUCAGGGGUCGGCCGAGUCGAGUACCCCGACCUCGUCAUUAACGACGGAACCUGGCACCGGAUCGAAGCCUCGCGUGUGGGUCUGAAUGGCAGCUUAUCAGUCCGAGCACUGGAGGGGCCCAAAGCGGGCAUCAUGCCCACCUGGCACAGUGCCAAUGCCCCCGAGAGCUACACAGUGCUGGACGUGGACCAGAACGCCUACCUGUUCGUAGGAGGCAUGUUGGAGAAUGUGAAGAAAGCAGAGGCGGUGAAGACGAUCACGUUCUCCGGCUGUAUGGGAGAAACGUUUUUGGAUGGUAAACCCAUCGGCCUCUGGAACUACAGAGAGAGAGACGGAGACUGUAAAGGAUGUGUGGUCAGCCCCCAGCCUGCAGACUCUGAAGGAACGGUGCAGUUUGAUGGUGAAGGUUAUGCUGCUGUCAGUCGUCCAACCAGAUGGAACCCCAACAUUUCCACGGUGAUGUUCAAGUUCCGCACCUUCUCCACCAACGCGCUGAUGAUGUACCUCGCCACCAAGGACAUGAAGGACUUUAUGAGCGUAGAGCUGAGUGAUGGUCGUGUGAAGGUCAGUUAUGAUCUGGGCUCUGGUACCGGCUCCAUCAUCAGUGAGAAACGGCACAACGACGGCCGGUGGAAAUCCCUCACCAUGUCCCGCAGCAGGAAGGAAGGUACGGUGACCAUUCUGGACAUGGACUCAAACGCUGAGGAGAAGCUCUACACUGAGUCUCAGGGUGGAGCCACUGGCCUCAACCUGAAGGAAGAUGAGAGGAUUUACUUCGGAGGGCUGCCGACCAUCGGGAACUACAGCAAAUCCAGGCCUGAGGUGACGCUCAGGAGGUACGCCGGCUGUCUGAAAGACAUAGAAGUGUCCAGAACUCCAUACAACCUGCUGAGCAGCUCCGACUACACUGGACUCACCAAGGGCUGCUCCAUAGAGAAUCUGCACACUGUGAGUUUCCCCAGGCCGGGCUAUAUGGAACUGAGUCCUAUGGUGUUUGAUGUAGGCUCUGAGAUCACGCUGUCCUUCAGCACUAAGAGUGAGAACGGCAUCAUCCUUUUGGGCCGGGGUGGUGUCACCACCAUGACCCAAACCUCACAGAACCGGAGCCUCUUCCAGAUCCCACGUCGCAACCGCAGACAGACUGGUGAGCCCUUUAUCUCAGUACAGUUGAAUAAAGGUUCUCUGGAGGUUCUGGUCUUCACCGGCAGUAGAAACCCGCGGCGUGCACUCAGGAAACCGGAGGAGGGGAUUUUGCACGAUGGCCGAGAGCACUCGCUACGCAUCCGCCGACACAGAGAAGGGUCUUUCUCAGUGCAGGUGGAUGAAGAGACGCGGAUGGAGCAGGCGUUACCCAGCGAUCAUCCAAUCAGCAUCCACAGACUGUUUAUAGGUGGAGUUCCUGCUGACGUACAGACCGGCCUGCAGAGGCCCAGCGUGCCCUUCGAGGGCUGCAUCUGGAACCUGCUGAUCAAUACAGUGCCCGUGGACUUCUCCCAGCCGGUGGCCUUCGAGAAUGCUGAAAUCGGACGGUGUCCCGAUGUAGCCCCGCCCCCUCCACCACCUGUGGAGGAAGAGGAGGAGGAGGAAGAAGAGGAAGUGGCCCCACACAAACCAGAAGCCACGCCCACAGAGGCAGCAAAGCCGCCGCCCCCACCUUCCACUACCACGCCCCCUGCUGAGGUCAUCCUUCCUGAGCCGCCCGUCCAUGUUGAUGAAACAGCGGUCUCCUGUGCAGCAGAGAAGGAGCCUGUUGUCCUGGAGUUAGCAAAACAGUUCGGCCUGUCCAGAAACAGUCACAUGGCUUUCGAGUUCGAUGACAGGAAAGUCAAGAACAGUCUUGCCAUUGAGUUUGAGCUGCGGACUGAAGCGGACUCCGGGCUGGUCUUCUACAUGGCCAGGAUAAACCACGCUGACUUCGCCACCAUCCAGGUGAAGGAGGGCAUGGCCCACCUGAGCUACGACCUGGGCAGCGGAAACACAUCCGUCAGCGUCCCCCGAAUCAUCAACGACGGACACUGGCACAAGAUCCGAGUGCGGAGGGACAAGCAGAGAGGAAUCCUGACGGUGGAUAAUCGAUAUUCCAAACACACAGUCAGCCCGAAGAAGGCUGACAUCCUGGAUGUGGUUGGGAUGCUGUAUGUGGGAGGUCUUCCACUGAACUACACCACCAAACGCAUUGGACCGGUGGUGUACAGCAUCAAUGGCUGUAUCAGAAACUUCCGGAUGCUGAAUGUGGACAUGGAGAAUCCCACCUCCAGCUAUAGGGUGGGCUCCUGCUUCGCUAACCCGCAGCCUGGGACUUACUUUGACGGCACUGGAUAUGCUAAAGCAGUGUCCACGUAUCGUGUGGGUAACGACGUCUCUGUGGACCUGGAGUUCCGCACCAGCACCAGCAGCGGAGUCCUGAUGGGAAUCAGCAGCCAGAAGAUGGACGGACUGGGAGUAGAACUGGUGAAUGGAAAGCUCCUGUUCCACGCUGAUAACGGGGUGGGCCGGGUCACCGCUAUGUACGAGCCCGCGGAGGGGGCGGGGCUCUGUGACAGUCAGUGGCAUUCUGUCUCCGCCCACAAGCUGAAACACCGCCUGGAGCUGAUUGUAGACGGCGUUAAAUCUGAGGCGGCGAGUCCGGACCCCCGCUCAGCGUCCGCUGACACCAACGACCCCGUCUACGUGGGGGGAUACCCGGAGACCCUGAAGCAGUUUGGUCUGACCAUCAGCACUCCGUUCAAAGGCUGUAUGAGGAACCUGAAGCUGACCAAAGCAGGAAAGGUUCUAGAAGUUCAGCUGAACAAAGCGCUGGAGAUCAAAGGAGUGCAGCCCCUCACCUGUCCCGGAGUUUAAAAGCCUCCCACUUGUCCACCAGUUUCAAGCUAACUAGAUCACUUGACCUUCAAUCAAAGAAGAAAGAAGCAAAUCAAAGCACCUAGAGCAACGUUCUCCAAUCCUGGUCCUGAAGAGCGGCCUUCCCACCAAGCCUAGUUCCAACCACAGUUAGACCUGCUCCAGCUAAUCAACCUCUUCCCAAGUCCUUGAUUGGCUGAAUCAGAUGUAUUAAGCCUUGGAUACACUACUCGACUAACAGAUCAGAAAGACUGGGCGUCUCACACUAUUUGACUGGUUUUUGCAGAUAUUUUGGGCGACUGAAAUAUUGGGGAUCCACACUAAACGAUUAGGGAUCACACACCACUCACAUUUUAGGCUGUUGCUGAACCAAAUGGAGCUCACUGAGCUCAUUGAACUCGCAGGUUCUCCAGUUACUAGGAGACGCAAGGAAACAAACAUGACAUUACUGCUGCUGUUUUCUCUGCCGUUUGUGCCGACGCAGUAAAGAAGCGGCUGGUAAACGUUUAAAAAUGUGAUCAGUUGGUAUUUUUAGAGUUUAAAAUGUACAAAAACUCGAUUCUGCCUCAAACUCAGCUCGUUAAAAAGCUUCGCUCCACCAUUUUUCUUUGUUUACUUGCUGUGUGUUCUUGUUUCUCAGUCUCAGUUUCCAUUGGCUGUUGCAGGAGUCCAUCCAGAUUGAGUCGUUGACCAGUUUGCACUAGAAAAAAAUCAAACGUCUGAUAAACUCUGCCUGGUCUGAAAUCUGAGACUGCGCCCCUCAAACACGACUCAAAUCUCCCUCCAGCUGUCGACUCCGACUGACCCAAAAAUCUGACUCAGCCACACUGAGAAUCGGGGUUAAAAUCAGGGUAAAAGACUUGUAGAGUUAAGUAAGGGGUGGGGCAGCUUAUUGGAUGCAGGUUGGAACUAAACUCAGGAAGGUAGCUCUCCUGGACUAAGGUUGGAGACCACUGGCCUACAGAUCAACCAAAGUAUUCAUUUUUGUACCAAACAAAUCAGCCAAAGCAGUGUAGAGUUUUUCAUCUGGAGUGAAUCAUCCACAGUGAAUCAGUGAAGAAUCAGCAGAGCUGGAACCAAAGAACCAGACAAAACGAGUCAUCUGGAGAACCAGGCCCCAGCGGAUAUCAGUAAAGAGCACUUUUUCUCAAAGAAUCCAGCCGAAGCCAAAUCAAACAGACCACCAAAGUGACCACACUGGCCUCGCCCAUCACCAUGGCAAACAGACGUAGUCUGGGUUUCCUCCUCUGCUGGUACAGCAGGCUGACCAGCUGAAGAAGGAAACCAGAGAACUUGCAGAGGAGAACUUCCACUCUGUAAUGUCCUCUGGGUUUCUCAAAAGCUCCCGAGUGAGUCCAAAAUGAAUGGGCUAAGGGGUUAAAUGGCACAUUUGAGUAAAAUCAUAGUUUAUAGAUGCCUAAAUGUUUCUAAUAUAAAAGAAUACAUUCAUUUCCUGAACACAGCAUAAAACAUUUUAACAUUUUAAGAGCUUUUAAACUCGAGUUAAAGGAGUUUUAAACAGCGCCUCAUAUACGUUCAUGACAUCAGAGACCGCAAACAGCCAAUGAGCCGCUCCGCUCACCAACCAAUCAGCACUCAGGGGUCAGUAAAGUUAGUGUCCCGCUGCCCGAACCUGUUAGCUGUCGAAAUGAAUAAAACAUACGGGUGAGAUUUCUUCGCCUUUUCAGGGGAAUACAUCCUUCUACUUUCUAAAAUUAAAGGAAAGUGAUUAGAAACUAUUUUAGCCACUCGUUGUGGACUCACUCACGGGCGCCCUCUGGUGUUGUGCAGUCAUGUUUUGGACAAAAUUGGGGAAAUAGGAAGAGGCCCGGCUCCCUUAACCCGGCUGUGAAUGUAAACCACAUAGAGAUGUGUUGGACUCAGUUCCUGGUGGGUCACAGCUCUGCAGAGCUUAGUGUUUUCCCUCUUUGGCAGUUCAUCCAAGUCCGGAAGGUCUUGGGAACGAGCGGAUGGGUUGAAUCCGGUGUGUUUAAUGAGGACCGGAGUCUGGCACGUGUCUUAGGUCGAGCAUUAAGUGUUGCCAAAUUGAGUUUUGAAGAGUCUUUUUGAUGCUUAUGUUUAGGUUCAACCCAAAUCAAUGGCAUUCGAUCAAAUUCAACACAAAAUGUAUUUUUAAAGAGACAUCAUUUGUCAUUUGAGAUGUGUGUCCAGUGGGUAAUCAUGAAUUCCUCAAAUAAAAUCCUUGUCCAUCUAAACUUUCAAUAAACGGUUAACGAACCAGCUUCA